AUGAAAGAAAAUUUCAAUAGCGAAAAUAACAAUAAUCAAUUUACACAAGAUUCUGAGGAAAUUUGUUUAUUAUGUAAACUGGCACUUCAAUAAAAGGAACUUUAAUUUUAACCUAUACUGAUUUAAUAUUCAAAUAUUUAUGAACAUUUAAGAUUUAUGUAAAAUUAUCCUACUCCUUAUUCUAAUAUUAUAUGUUUGCAUGUUUCAAAUUGA